AUGAUCUUUGCUUCCGUGCAUUUUGUUCUAUCUCACCUUCCUAAUUUUAACUCCAUAUCUGGUGUCUCCCUCGCUGCAGCCGUUAUGUCCUUAAGUUACUCAACAAUUGCUUGGGGAGCAUCGGUGAAGAAAGGGCUUCAACCAGAUGUAGACUACACGUUUAGAGCCACAACGAGUUCAGGAAAAGUGUUCAACUUCAUGAACGCACUAGGAGAUGUCGCAUUUGCAUAUGCUGGUCAUAAUGUGGUGUUGGAGAUUCAAGCUACUAUUCCUUCAACUCCCGAGAAACCAUCUAAGAUCCCAAUGUGGAAAGGAGUGGUUGUUGCCUACAUUGUGGUCGCAAUCUGCUAUUUUCCUGUUGCAUUUGUUUGCUACUAUAUUUUUGGAAACAAUGUGGACGACAAUAUUCUCAUGUCACUGGAGAAACCAACUUGGCUUAUCGUCAUGGCUAACGCAUUCGUGGUUGUUCAUGUUAUUGGAAGCUAUCAGAUAUUCGCAAUGCCGGUUUUUGAUAUGCUUGAAACCUUUUUGGUAAAGCAAAUGAUGUUUGAUCCUUCCUUUAAACUCCGUUUCAUCACUCGAACUACAUAUGUUGCUUUAACUAUGUUCAUUGGAAUAUGCAUUCCAUUUUUUGGUGGAUUACUCGGCUUUUUUGGAGGAUUUGCCUUUGCCCCAACAACUUACUACCUGCCAUGCAUAAUGUGGUUGAUUCUCAAGAAACCAAAGAAGUUUGGAUUGUCUUGGUCUCUUAACUGGUUCUGCAUAGUGGUCGGUGUAAUAUUGACGAUCGUAGCUCCCAUUGGUGGCCUCAGAACCAUUAUUAUGUCUGCCAGUGACUACAAGUUCUUCUCUUGA